CUCUUUCUCUCCUUGAGAAAGUUGAGUUGAGAUUAGAUGAAAUAGUAGGGUUAUGGUUAAGCUAUUCAGAGAUCACCUAUUUGCAAAACAUGUGUUAACAAGUUGUGCUCAAGGGUAGCAGCAUCACAAUGAUUUUAGGCAGUGUGCAUAUGAUAGUCAGCUGACUUUUGAUGUCAAAAGUGAGUCAAAAUGACGAUGAAAGGCAAGGCACUCUUCACUUUCCAAAGUGAAAACAAAGAGGAGAUUAGCAUACAUGAGAAUGAAGAACUGGUUAUCUUUGACAAUAACUCUGUGGAUGGAUGGUUACAAGGGGAGAACAGUAAAGGACAGAAAGGUCUCUUCCCAGCCUCUUAUGUGGAAGUAAUCCGCCCUCGUUCCAACUCCAACAUGACAGACUGCUCCAUAAGCCCGGAGGGUUCUCCCGGCAAUGGUUCCUCAUAUUUCCCCUCUACAGCAAACACGCCCUUUCACAUGCAACAGGGUUACUAUCACGAUGACGAUGAUGACUGGGAUGAUUGGGAUGACAGUUCCACAGUGGUGGACGAUGAUGGCCCCAGUGGCACAAAUGGACAUUCCCAUCAGAGCCCCCAUUCCAACAACCCCAAUGUCCACUAUUGUGCCAAACCUUACAUGGAGAGGCAGGACAGCGUCUCCAGCUCGCGGAAGGGCAGUAUGGUAGGCAGGAACUUGAACAGAUUCUCCAGCUUUGUCCGUUCAGGAGUAGAAGCAUUUGUGUUGGGCGAUGUGCCACUGAACGCUAAGAUAGCCGAGUCAUACACCAUUGCGAUGGGCCCCAAAGGGCCUCAAUGGAAAGAGAGCCCCACACCUUUCUCUUGCUCCAUCGAGGACCCCACCAAGCAGACCAAGUUCAAAGGCAUCAAGACCUACAUAUCUUAUCGGGUGACCCCGAGCCACAAUGCGAGGCCUGUGUACCGGCGUUACAAGCACUUUGACUGGUUGUACAAUCGUCUACUGCACAAGUUCACCAUCAUCUCGGUACCCCACCUGCCCGAGAAACAGGCAACGGGGCGCUUUGGGGACGAUUUCAUUGAGAAGCGCAAGAGGCGGCUGAUUCUCUGGAUGGACCACAUGACCAGCCAUCCGGUCCUGUCGCAGUAUGAGGGCUUUGAGCACUUCCUGAUGUGUGCUGAUGACAAGCAGUGGAAGCUGGGAAAACGGCGGGCGGAGAAGGACGAGAUGAUGGGAGCCAACUUCAUGCUUACCUUCCAGAUCCCCAACGAGCACCAGGACCUGCAGGACGUGGAGGAACGUGUGGACUCCUUCAAGACCUUCACCAAGAAAAUGGACGACAGCGUCAUGCAACUGACGCACGUGGCCUCGGAACUGGUGCGGAAGCACCUCGGAGGCUUCCAGAAGGAGUUCCAGCGUCUGGGGAACGCUUUCCAGAAUGUCAGUCAGGCGUUCAUGCUGGAACCUCCCCACUGCUCGGAAUCACUCAACACUGCCAUCUCCCACACAGGACGCACAUACGAGAACAUUGGUGAAAUGUUUGCAGAGCAACCUAAUUACGACCUCUUCCACAUGCUGGACAAACUGUCGCUCUACCAGGGCCUACUCGCCAACUUCCCGGACAUUAUUCAUUUACAGAAAGGUGCGUUCGCCAAGGUCAAAGAGAGUCAGCGGAUGAGCGACGAAGGAAAGAUGGACCAGGACGAAGCGGACGGAGUGCGUAAACGCUGCCGGACAGUGGGAUUUGCCUUGCAAGCCGAGAUUAACCACUUCCACCAACGCCGUGAGGUGGACUUCAAGGAAAUGAUGCAGGCCUACCUCAAACAGCAGAUAGCCUUCUACCAGCGUGUGGGCCAACAGCUGGAGCGUACCCUGCACAUAUAUGACAACCUGUAGAGGCUGGGCCUAUCAUCAUUCCAAACGUUAUCCUCCUGAUCCAAAAUGGCCGCCCAGUUCAACAGGGCCUCCCCAGGGGUUGGCAAAAAAUCCUAGUGAAACAGAGACAUGGCUGUAGUUGGGAAAGUAUAUCACUUUAUUCUAUUUUUUUUUCAUGGUGGACCAUUAUAGUCACACAAACCCUGGCUUGAAAGAAGAGAGGGGUUGCUGAGGUUGCUGCCUUAGAAAGAUGACUUUCUGCUUAUUUUGGCCUGAAUAGACAGAAAGAGGGAAUGUACUUGAAGAGACUGGGGAAGCCAGUUUGUGUACUUCACACAAUAGUCACUUUCCAGGCUGGAUUUCAAAGUCGAAAUUGUUGGUUGCAAGGGACUUACACCAUUGUAUUUUUCAUAAUUCCACCAAUUUUGCAAUGUUUUGACCAUAAUGUUAUUUAUUUUAUUUUAUAUGUUAGCAACCAAUCUUAAUGUAUUAAAUCAUUGAUGGCAUUUAAUCAUUCUUUGUAGAGGGUCAAAGAUAGGCAUGUGUAGCCUUAAUGCUUAGACAAUUCCCUGUAGAUGAUAGAAACUGAUCUCCAUUGGUGUAAUGUAUGAUUGCCGUGUCAGAAUAAGGGCUCGACUGCUCAGGUGUUCAGUGCAAACAUGUUACAUUAAUGUAUUUUCUUGAAUUAGCUCUCCAUACAAGCCAAGUUCCAAGAGGCAGCAGCUGCACUACAUAGUUUAAGAUCCUGUCCUGUGGUCCCUGUCAGUGCCUUAAGGAACCAAGCAUUUGAGUGUGAUUUUCGUAACAAAUGUCUUCACCUGCCUCUGUUUUCCAUUUGAGGAGAAACAGGCCCUUGGCUGAGUAGUUGAGUUUGCACAGGGGCUUUGUAACCGUGGACCAUGGUGUUGAGUCUGUGCGUGCAUGUGUGAUUGUAAUUUGAUAGAUUGCUUGUUGGAAGUACUUAAUGUUACAAUAAGAGGUACUGCAUGUUGGUUCCAACCUUAAAAGUAACAAUGGGAAAUGCUUUUGUCUGGAUAAGGACAUUUCUGUGCAUCCGCCAAAAACUCUAAAUGGGAAGAUGGGAAACUCCUUUCAAUUCGUAUUAUUAUAUUCCUAUUUAAUUUACAAAUCUCGUGACGUGCCUAUGAGACAUGGCUGUAUCUAAGUGGAUUUGUAUUUAGCUGAGCCUGCUAGCUAGCUACAUUUAACUACUAAACUCAUUUAAAUCACAAUAAAUAAAGGUUAACUUACUUGUUUUUUGCUGUCCAUUGGCAGCACAAGUGGAGCAUUUGACUUGCGAACUCAUCACAUGAUCAGCGUCUCGUCAGCAAUAUUUAAAAAGUACUUCCUGGUCCCCCAUGUAAUAGUACAAAAGUGUCAAUAACCAUUCAUGCUUUUUUUAACCUUUAUUUAACUAGGCAAGUCAGUUAAGAACAAAUUCUUAUUUUCAAUGACGGCCUAGGAACAGUUAACAGGUUAACUGCCUGUUCAGGAGCAGAAUGACAGAUUUGUACCUUGUCAGCUCGGGGGUUUGAACUUGCAGCCUUCCGGUUACUAGUCCAACACCACUAGGCUACCCUGCUGCCCCAUAUAUAGUGCCAGUCAAAUGUUUGGACACACCUACUCAUUCCAGAGCUUUUCUUUAUUUUUACACUUUUUUUUACACUGUACAAUAAUCGUGAGGACAUCAAAACUAUGAAAAUAACACAUAUGGAAUCAUGUAGUAACCAAAAAAGUGUAGCCACCCUUUUCCUUGAUGACAGCUUUGCACACUCUUGGCAAUCUCUUAAACAGCUUCACCUGGAAUGCUUUUCCAACAGUCUUGAAGGAGUUCCCACAUAUGCUGAGCACUUGUUGGAUGCUUUUCUUCUUCACUCUGCGGUCCAACUCAUCCCAAACCAUCUCAAUUAGGUUGAGCUUAGGUGAUUAUGGAGGCCAGGUCAUCUGAUGCAGCACUCCAUCACUCUCCUUCUUGAUCAAAUAGCCCUUACAAAGCCUGGAGGUGUGUUGGGUCAUUGUCCUGUUGAAAACAAAUGAUAGUCCCACUAAGCGCAAACAAGAUGUGAUGGCGUUUCGCUGCAUAAAACUGGUAGCCAAGCUGGUUAAGUGUGUCUUGAAUUCUAAACAAAUCACAGACAGUGUCACCAGCAAAGCACCCUGACACCAUCACACCUCCUUCUCCAUGGUUCACGUGGGAACUACACAUGCGGAGAUCAUUCGUUUACAUUCUCUGCGUCUCAGAAAGACGGAAUCAAAAAUCUCAAAUUUGGACUCAUCAGACCAAAGGACAGAUUUCCAAUGGUCUAAUGUCCAUUGCUAGUGUUUCUUGGCCCAAGCAAUUUCUUCUUCUUAUUGGUGUCCUUAAGUAGUGGUUUCUUUGCAGCAAUUCAACCAUGAAGGCCUGAUUCACGCAGUCUCCUCUGAACAGUUGAUGUUGAUGUGUCCGUUACUUGAACUCAGUGAAGAAUUUAUUUGGGCAGCAAUUUCUGAGGCUGGUAACUCUAAUGAACAUAUCCUCUGCAGCAGACGUGCUGUAACUCUGGGUCUUCCUUUCCUGUGGCGGUCCACAUGAGAGCCAGUUUCAUCAUAGUGCUUGAGCAUUUUUGCGACUGCACUUGAAGAAACUUUCAAAGUUCUUGAAAUGUUCCAUAUUGACUGUUGUUCAAGUCCUAAGUAAUGAUGGACUGUCAUUUCUCUUUGCUAAUUUGAGAUGUUCUUUCCAUAAUAGGUACUUGGUCUUUUACCAAAUAGGGCUAUCUUCUGUAUACCCCUCCUACCUUGUCACAACACAACCGAUUGUCUCAAAUGCAUUAAGAAGGAAAACAUUUACUUUUAAGAAGGCACACCUUAAUUGAAAUGCAUUCCAGUUGACUAUCUGAUGAUGCUGGUUGACAGAAUGCCAAUAGUGUGCAAAGCUGUCAUCAAGGCAAAGGAUGGCUACUUUGAAGAAUCUAAAAUAUAUUUUGAUUUGUUUAACACGUUUUUGGUUACUACAUAAUUCCAUAUGUGUUAUUUCAUAGUUUUGAUGUCUUCAUUAUAAUUCAACAAUGUAGAAAAUAGUACAAAUAUAGAAAAACCCUUGAAUGAGUAGGUGUGUCUAGACGUUUGACUGGUACUGUAUGAAAAAUAAUUGUCUAAACUUGAACAAUUAUUCCAAUUUGUUUGUAUUUAAGUGACAUCAAAUAUUUGCGAAUCACUGUAUAUGGAAUACAUAUUGGCUUACAGCAAGAACUAUGCUGGGUACCGCAGUAAAAGUAUUGUAGGGAAUACUCAGUAGGGUCUGUAGAAUGGUGUCAUUCCAUGGGGCUCUGAAUAAUACGGAGUGUUGCUGGCCUUUUACUCCACCUAUUCCAUUGCCUCCCAAAUGACAUCACAUGUACACUUACUACACUACAAAAAACCCUCUAGCCAAACAACAGUGCAGGGCAUUCUCACUGAAUUAAAGUGCAACUACACUCAAAAUCAAAGUUUCUUAGAUUUUCCCAGAUCUCAAAAGUUAAACUCUGAUGUGGUUUAAGCAUUGUUGUGAACACAGAAAAUCCCAUUUUGUUGUUUGUCUUUUUAAAAAGUGUGAAAAAAUGGGUAAACCUGAAAAAAUGGGGUAAUAAGAAACCUGGAAAUACAAAACCAAGAAAACUGAGUUUUAGGGAAAAUAGAGGUAGGCAAAAAAUAUAAACAGAUUUUUAAAAGGCCCUACCAAUGUUUUCAGCAGUGCAUGACUGCACUUUAGAGUGUUUCAUCCUGCAGAACAGCAUUUUUUGGGAAGUUUAGGUCAGGUCAAAUAUUGACUAUGCACCCAAGAGGGAAAAAGGUUGUGCCAUCCUAGAAAUGUUUUUGUGAAAUCUAAUAUAAUACAUCAAAUAUAGCAAACACUAUCCAAAGCGAGUCAUGAGCGAGUACAUUUUUGCGUAUGGGUGGUCCCGGGAAUCAAACCCAAUAUUCUGGCGUUGUAAUGCUCUACCAAGAUGCAUGACAGUGUUAUAAAUGCUUUAUAAAACCUCAAUUUAAUAUAAUGUAUAAGGCCUUUAUUAAUCAGUGCUUAUGCCACCCUUUAUAAAGCACAGGUUUAUGUCAUAUUUGACAUAGUGGGUUAUGGGUUAUAGUCGAUUAUACAUUUGACAUUGGUGGUUAUGUUACACAGUUAUGCUACAUUUAAGAACCCUUUAUAAAGCAUGACAUAUGGUUGUAGAUGCUGUGUUUUUUUUCUCCAUAUCCCACUCCCCAUGAGACACCCUCGGAGAGUGGGAUAUCCAAAAAAACACAUUUCCAAUUCACACAUGCGUAUAAUUCAAACUUGUACAUGUGUGAACUAGGACAUAUGUAAGCAUCCGUAUUAUUAUUUCCAUUCACCUCAAUUUGGCAGGACAAAAAAACAAUCACCAAAAUAACAAUACUGUAAAUUAUUGGAUGAUGUCCUCUUUUUCCUGUAAUGCUUGCGACCAUAGUUCCAGUUAAUAAACAAAGACUGCUUUGAAUGACCUUCUCAGUAAACAACAAAUGUCUGACUCUGUUUAUGACUCAGUACUAAGUGUUGUCUCAAUGGCUGUUCCACUUCCAACAUACAUUCCCAAGUAUGGGCAGAUGUUAAA